AGCUAUCAUAGCUACCUUGGUUUUCCAUUCUUUCUUUCCGCAUAUAUUGUGACCUUUUAGCCUUAGGUCUCUGAGGGUUGAGCCGUCUGGGCAACAAGAAGCUCCUAAUCCACGAUCUUUACUUUGUUCCUCUCUGAACUAUUCAGUACAACCCCACAGCACAACUAGAUCGCGAUAUCAGACAGCUCCGGUGAAGUUACGCCCAAAGCAGUCACAAUGGGGGACCACGUCCUCUUCUUCUACGGAACCUUAAUGGCGCCACAAAUUCUCCACCGGGUAAUCCACGGCUCACCGGACCCAGAGCCCUGGCAAAAAGCCCUCCUCACAUUCAGACCAGCCAUUCUGCACGGGUACCGACGGCAUCGGGUGCGGGGAGCCGACUACCCAGGUAUCGUGCCGGUCAAGCCAGCAAAUACAGAGCCCGACGCGGAUUCGAAUGCUAACGGCAUGGCAGCCGUGCUUGGGACCGUUGUUUCGGGAUUGACGGACGGUGACAUCCAUCGAUUAGAUAUCUUUGAGGGGACGGAGUAUGAGAAGGGUAAGGUGAAGGUUAGGAUUUUGCGGGAGUCGCUGGGUGGCAAGGAUGGGGAGCUGGAUGGGAAGGAUACGGAUAGACAUUUGAUGGAUGUUCUGGAUGCUGCAGGGGCGGAGUUUGCGGAUGAAGGUGAGGAGGUAAAGGCUGUUACUUAUGUUUAUGUUGCUGGGGAAAGUAAGCUGGAGGAUGGAGAGUGGGAUUUCGAAGCGUUCAAGCGGGAUAAAAUGGCGUGGUGGGUUGGGGCAGAUGAGAGUGAGUGGUAA